AGAGAAAUGGUCACCGAAUCGCAGUGUACAACCGAAACUGUUUUUGAUUACAGUUGGAAACAGGUUGUACAAGCGUACUGGAAUCGCUAUCCCAACCCGUCGAGUACACACGUUUUGACGGAAGAUACUAUUAAAAGAGAAGUGCGGGAUGGCAAACUGUAUUCACGCCGCCUGUUUUCCAAAACCAAUCCAGUGCCAAAAUGGGGACAACGAUUUUACAAUAACGCGCCCGUGCGAAUAGUGGAAGAUUCUGUAUUGGAUCCAAAAAAGAAAACACUGGUCACAUUUACCCGAAAUAUUGGAUUCAAGAAAAUAAUGAAAGUCGAUGAAAUCGUUGAAUAUAGUGAACAAAAAGAUGGACGCACUUUAGCUGUGAGGCGUGCGUACAUAAGUUCGCAAGUGUUCGGCUUCUCACGUGCCAUAAGAGUCUUCGGCGUUGAACGCUUUAAAUCGAAUUGCAACAAAGCGGCGAGCGGCUUUAAUUAUGUACUACGAAAUAUGUUUCCUAAACAUGCUGCUACGACUAAUGCAACCAGUAUGCCUUCUACAGAAGGUGUUGUUGAAAAGGCGUCUACAGCAGGAAGUAACCAAAUACAACAGGCAACAGUAAAUAAAACGGAAGCCCUUAAAACGGCAAGCAAAGCUGGUUAUGAGUAUCUAAAGAAUCAUGCUGUUAAAUUGGCACAGUUGUUUUCAAUUAAAAGUUGAUAAGCGAGCUGGAUUAAAGCAAAACGCGUAAUGCGUCAUUUUCAUGGUGGCGGGAGAUAUGCGACCCGUUAAGGAAACAAGUUCCCUAUAGGUCGUCUUUUCAAUACAUAUAAGCGUAAUAGUGUACAUGAAACACCUAAGUAGAAAUAUUACGUUAACAAUUUGUUGUUGGAACAAGCAUUGAGUGGAUGGAUUUAAACUUUGGAGCUGGCUUGGGGCUAUAUUUUCUACAUGCAUAUUAUCUCUUCCGGCAGCCAUAAUUUGUAUAGUGCAUAAAAUUAUAAUGGAAGCAAGUUUCUUCUUUCAAUAUUUUUUCUUCAUUCCAACUCAAUAUUCAUAAAAGCAUACGCUCAUCAGGUUAGAGGUGCUACAUAGUAUGUAAAAAUAUGAUUAGAAACUUAAUGUAUGUACUUUUAGCUACUUUUAAGGCAGCCGUUCAUUAUAUUUUAUUCCUAUCAAUUCCUUCAAUAUAAUGCAGAAACCUAAUUUAAAAAGGUGUAUUCGAAAUGACGCAUUUUAACUUCAACUAAAAUGGUUUGAUUCUGAACAUGUUUGACAAGAAACAAAAUAAAUAUAUAUAUAUUGCAAAAUAAGAAUAGUUAAUAUAUUUUAUAGUAGUGUAAAUAUGUAUGCAGAGUACAGUUGACCGGCACAGAACUAAUAAAUUAUUGGCAAGCAUGGCAUAUAAA